AUACCUAUCCCAAGUCCCAACUCACUUCUCAUGUUUCGUAGUUGUAGCUUCAUAUUUCUUUUCACGUGAAAACGGCUCGUUACGAAUGAAUCUCCUUUGUUUCACAUAUUAUGCCUUUUUUUUCGUACGGUUAAUAUUGUGCCAAUUUUAAUUUGUCUAGUCCAGGUCUAGUAAUUCAUUAUGCCAUUGAAUUUUUGAACCGUAGUCCCUAAACUCCCGUUACUCAUGCGUUAAUGCUUGAUAGGUUAUUUCAAUUAACACAAUUAGUAGUUCUAACAAGUGGCGUACAUAACUUGCCAAGUAGUCGAGAACAGUUUUGGUGACAUCAUUGAUUAUUUAUUGCUUAUAAUUUUAUUAUCUCUUUUUAUUUGGGUAGACUCCAUACGUUUUCUGUAUUUAAUUAUUUAUGUGCAUCAUCCAGUAUUAAAUUGACCGAUAUUGAUAAUAAUGUGUUUGUUUCAUUUUCUUUAUGUUGGGAUGGAAAUUGUUUAUUUUUCAUGUGCUAUUUGAUUUAAACUAUUGUUGUAUUGGGAUGCGAAGUAGAAUAAUUAUUAUUACAAAUCUAAACGUAUAGUAAACUGGGCAAGUAUCAAAUUGUUAAUCAAACUUGUGAAGUCCCUAGAAUCCGGUCAUCUUUUUGAUAACACACGUAAAGAAGAGAAGAAACAAGGUCAGUAUUGGUGACGGGUGCAUUAGUCAACCCGGUAUUUAUUUAGUUGGGUGUUCAACGCAGUUUAAGGUGUUGAAACAAGUCUUUUGGUUUGUGUCACGUUCACAUGGAGAGAAUAAACAGUGCUGGUUCUUCGAUCAGAAGGCGUUCAUUGAGCAUAUCAAGUCACAUAAGCCACCAUACAGAUAAUGAUGGCGAGUCCGAGAGUGUUUCAGAGGCCGGAGACAUUGGGGAUCGUGCUCUUCCAAGCAGAAGGUUCAGUGAGAGCAGCAACUUCAACCUGUCUUUCGACAACAGGUCAGAAAAUGAAGCUGUUGUUUCCAUUCCAGAGGAUUACAGAUUGCAUCCCAACUCCUCUGUUAUGCCUUUGCCUCCUCCACUCAUAUCCACAUCCCCUCUUUCCACUGAUGCAAUUGUGGGUUCUGAAGACAUAAAACAAGAUCCCCGUAUUGGGUUGCCAGAGUUGUUGGACUACAUUUCAUGUAUGGUUCAUUUAGCUGUUUUUGGAAUUCUUGGGGUCUUAACAAGAUAUUUACUGCAAAAGUUAUUUGGUCCUGGGGUUGCCCAUGUGACAAGCGAUGAAUCUAUUCUUUAUGUUGAUCUUCCUUCUAAUAUGAUUGGUUCAUUUCUUAUGGGCUGGUUUGGUGUGGUAUUCAAGGGAGACAUAUCUUAUGUGUCAGAGCAUCUAGCCAUAGCAAUAACAACCGGUUACUUAGGAAGCCUUACAACCUUCAGUGGUUGGAAUCAAAAAAUGCUUGAACUCGGUGUUUCCGGGCAUUGGCUCUUUGCCACACUUGGCUUUGCCGUAGGUUUAUUUCUCGUUGCCUCUUCCAUCACAUUUGGGAUUGAAACCGCCAAGGGUUUCAGGUGGCUUCUCAACUGGAUGAAUAUGAGUUCAGGAAAAGAUGGUUCUAAGAUGAACUGCAAAGUAGACAGCUACCGCCGUCAGUUGAUAGUUAUGGUGAUGUUCUUUGUUAUAUUGGGCAUAUUAUGGGGUGUCAGUGGUGCAUUAGUAAAGGAUGAGUUCAAGCAUGGUGGUAAUGCUGCACAGUUAUGGUUUGCUUGCAUGGUUGGACCCCUAGGUGUGUGGAUUAGAUGGUUCUUAGCCAGGCUCAAUGGACUUGGAUUAGGAAGUGGAGGGUUGUUUAAAUGGAUUCCGUUUGGAACUUUAAUUGCUAAUGUAUCAGCUGCUUGCAUUAUGGCUGCACUUGCCACUGUGAAGAAUGCAGUGAACACCAGGGAUUGUGAUACAGUGGUAGCAGGAAUACAAUUUGGUCUGAUGGGGUGUCUGAGUACUGUCUCUACUUUCGCUGCUGAGUUUCAUGCAAUGAGAAAAAGCAAUCAUCCUUGGAGAGCCUUUGGGUGAGGGCCGACGACAUGCUCCGGUGGGGGCUCUACGAACACUGGCCACGAAAUUCUUGUUUCGUCUUUGCUCACUGUGGUCCUGUGAAACACUGCCUUGUAUUUUCCAUUGCUCAUUAUCUGUCAC